AUGCAGACUCAACCAUCGCUUCGGUUAACUUUCCACCUCAAGCGCAAGGCCACGUAUGUACUUGGAGCGUCAAGGGUUAAUGUAUUAGCGACGCCCGUUCCAAGCUAUUCACAAGAUGACGGUGCAAUGGCUUACAACGGAAUAACGUCGUUCGAGGAAGACGGAGAUACGCGCGAGUACUCACUCGUGGACUACACUUGGCGAACAGGAGGUAAUGCGUUAGAAUUCGAGUCGGGAUGCCUCCCUUCUCACUUUGUGCCACCAAUCGCGACAGUCCUGAAAGCAAUUCAUGAAGCCUCCACAGCGACUCAUCUAAUAAGUCUGGCAGUGCAGACAAGUGUCCUGGAGGAUCCGUAUUAG